AAUAUCACGUGUUUUCUGUCAAAUUGAAAGUGAAAGGUUUUUAUGUUGACAUGUACAAGGGGUUACGACAGACAGGGAGACAUUUUUUCAUGAACAGUUUCAGCACAGUGUUCAAAUGAGAUUUCACCUGCCUCAUAUGGUCAAACACCAGCCUUUCUAGUGAAUGUGAAGAAGUUGCAUGAAGAAAGUGGCCAUACAGACACAAUGACAACCCAACAGCAGGAGGAAGAAAAGCGAUAUGACCCCAGGGAUCAAACGCUCCGGUUUGUUAACAGACCGGACGAUUUAGAUCCCCUGGAUGAUGACACCACUGUCCUCAAGGCUGAGAUGUCCUGUGGUCAUGCAGUCACCCCAGAGUCUCUGACCGGAUGGUGCCGCAGCCUCCUGGACCAGGGUCAGUUCAGGUUUUUGUGCCCUGCAUACAGAACUGACACAGUUGAGAAGUGUGGCGCUGAGUGGCCUUACCCAGAGGUACGUAGACUAGCUGUGCUCACCACUGAGGAGAUGGAGCACUUUGAGAAGACCAUGGCUGCCUCGGCCGCUGCCACAUACUGUGAAUACAAAUCAUGCCCUGGCUGUAACACCUAUGUAGAGAGAGAGGAUCUGUCCAACCUCUGUGUGAUGUGUACAGUGUGUACUGCAGACAACGGCCAGGCGUACGAGUUCUGCUGGCAGUGUAUGAAGCAGUGGAAAGGUCCCCAGGAGCGUUCUGACCACUGUGACAAUGAUGGCUGCAUCAACCAGGAUCUUGAACUGCUGAAGAACUGCGAAACCACCACUUUGACUGAGGUGCAGGGGGUCUCUGACUGCCCCUCCAUUCGUGCCUGUCCCACCUGUGGCCAACGGGUGGAGCACGACAAGACUGGUUGUAAGAAUAUUCUCUGCCCGAGAUGCAAUGUGGAGUUCUGCUUUGUGUGCCUGAAGCUCACAUCUGACUGCUUGGAGACCAGUUCAUAUUUCAUAGCCUGCUCUGAUGGUGUUGCCCCUAGGCAGACCUCUAUACCUGUAUGGUGUAGAAACUGAUAGAAAAGACACCCACAUCUACAUACUGUAUUUCUUUUCUGCAUUGUCUUUGCUCUUCUAGAUUAUUUCUACCUUUACAUAUGUUGGUGUACUGUUUGAGUGCAAUAUGAGUUUUUAAAUGUAUUCUGUUGUCAUCUUUAAUAUAAAGUUUAGUGGACUGUGUUAGAUUCAGUACUUUAUCUGGAUUGUGUUUUGUGACGUCUUAUCAUUAAUGCGAUUUUGCUUGUAAUGUAAUAUUGCAAAAACAUAUAUUAAACAAUACAUUUUUUUUGCAUAA